GCCUGUGGCGGUGCCGCCUGCCUGGUCGCUUUUGCGGACCUGGUGGCGGCGACAGUGGGAGCUCAUGGAGCUUUCGAUUAACGACGUCGACAAGACCAAGAAGCGGUCGGGUCUGGGCCGUUGUAAGCGUUUCUUUUGGUUGGGCGUCGCCUUCGACACGGUGGGCGCGACCGUGAUGUUCACCGGGGUCUUCGCCGAUCUGCUCUUCUACGACCUGUUGCUUUACCUGGGUUCCAUCAUCAUCUUCCUCAGCCUCCUCUGGUGGGUUUUCUGGUACAGCGGUAACAUCGAACUGUCUUCUGAAGAGCCCUUGAACAGGCCCUACCACCUGCCUUCCGCCACCACGCUGGAAGUCCUGAGCCAGACCAUCAGCAACCGUUUCUCUUUCAACAUGGGCAGCGUUUCCAACACCUUUAUGCGGAUGCGGCCGCGGCGGCGGCACCGCAAGAGGUUCCUGCAAGGGAGUGCUCUGGAUAUGACCGUCACGGGCCAGGUCGAAAACCAGCUAGACCAGGACAAAGACGGGAUGGAAGGUGCCAAGGAGAGCGGCGACGCUCAGGACUUCGGCAGCGAGGAUCUCCCCAAACCUGAAGCUGUCAAAAGUUUAAAGAGAGUUUGCUCCUUGGGCCCCAAUGCAGGUCCCCUAGGCACUGAGGCUAGUCUCCCAAGGUUUGUUAAAGGACCAUGGACCCAUCUGGUGCAGCCAUUCACUCCAUCUCCUCUGGACCAGCCUCUCACUCCAGCCAUCCUGGCUUUUAAGAGCCUGCCCAUAGUCCCCGUGGCCUCUGCUAGCCAGCCUCUACCUAUUCUGAACUCUAAGAGCCAGCCUGUAGUUUCCUUGGCCUCUACGAGCCAGCCCCCUGCAGUUACUCUUGCCUCUGUGAGCCAGCCUGCUGCCCCCUUGGCCUCUACUAGCCAGCCUCUACCUAUUCUGACUUCUAAGAGCCAGCCUGUAGCUUCCUUGGCUUCUACUACUCAGCCUCCGGUCCUGUUGGCCUCUAAGAGCCUGCCUGCUGUCCCUUUGUGCUCUACAAGUCAGCCUCUGACCAUCCUUACCUCUCAGAGCCAACCCCUGGUACCUGUGGCCUCUCAGAGCCACCCCCGGGUACCUGUGGCCUCUCAGAGCCACCUCCUGGUGCCUGUGGCUUCACAGAGCCAGCUCCAGACUCUUGCUCAGGCCUGUCAAACUCAGCCACCACCUCUUCUGGCUUCCCAAUCCCAGGGUCUGGCCACCCAGGUCUCUCUGCUCCAGCUUCUGCCCACCCAGUCUUUUCACACCCAACCUGUGGACCCUCAGAUGGCCCAGGCUAUCCAGGACUUUCAGACCAUGUAUCACACCCAACAGACCUCCCAGAGCGGCUCUUUAGUCCAGAGGAUUGGACCAAGCCAGUCUCCAUCUGCCCAGGAGUUUCACAAAGAGCCAGUUGCUUUCGAGACCCCGCCACCAGCGGGCCAGGAGCUAAGUCAGAACGCCCCUGACACUGCGUCCCUGCUCCCUGAGUCCCCAGCUCCAGCUGCUCAAGCCCAGCAGUCAGUGUCCCCCGGCAGGGCGCCCACCCCCGUCCCGGAGAGGAGGAGUUGCUCUCUCUAGCACAGAACCAGACCCCAGCCCUCCGAGUGGGCCUAAGGCCUCCACCAAAACUCACCAAUGUUCCUACAGAUUUAAGUGCAAGUUUAUAAAAGCACAAAUACUUACCUUAAUCUCGAUUUGGAAACCUCCAUAUGGAGCCCUGGCCUGUCUCAGCCCAGCAGACUUGACCAGCUGCCUCCGCCAAGUCUGUGCUGCAGAGUGGGGAGAAUUUUCCAGCCCCAGACAGUAAAGAUGUUUAUUGCCAGAAUUUGAAGCCAUAAUCGACUAUGCUGUUCCAAAUGAACUUCAUUUUAAAAGAAGUUGGUUUUUAAAAUAGACUCCUCUUGUGAAAGCAUUCCAGCAUUCUAAGCGGAAAAUCAUGUCUCACAUACUCUGGGUGAAUGUGUCAGUACAAAUCCCACAGAAAUGGACAUUGAAAAUUGCAACUCCUUGUAUUUAAGGAUGCUUUGUGACCUCAUUAAGCUAUCAGAAAGGUUAAUACAAUCAGGGUAUUAUAACAUGUUACAGUUUAUUUGUAUGUUCAUUUGAUUUAAGCAAUAUGAGUUUCCCUUCUUCCCAAGGAUUUAA